ACAAUUUAGCUAAGUGCUGCCCGAUUUCACCGCCAAAUUGAAUAUCAUAACAACAAUGCUUCGUUUAAAUAUGCUUCGGCUUUCUCUUUCAACGCCAUCAUCCUUUUCAAAGUCGCAAUACGCAGUGCCCAGAUUCUGCGCAAUGAGCAAUUAUGCGGCGUCGUCUUCUGGGCUCUCAAGCAAGCUCUUUUUCGAGAAGGAGUCCUCUACUUAUACCUAUUUGCUGGCUGAUGUUGCUCACCCUGAUAAACCUGCUCUGUUGAUUGAUCCAGUUGAUAAAACAGUAGACAGAGACCUCACCCUUGUAAAAGAGUUAGGGUUAAAGCUAAUUUAUGCUAUAAAUGCUCAUGUGCAUGCUGAUCAUGUGACAGGAACUGGAUUGAUAAAGACAAAGCUUCUUGACGUGAAAUCUAUUAUUGCAAAAGCUAGCAAUUCAAAAGCUGAUCUUCUCAUUCAAGCUGGUGAUAAAAUACAUUACGGCGAUUUGUUUCUGGAGGUUCGAGCUACCCCUGGGCAUACAUUAGGUUGUGUUACUUAUCUUACUGGAGAUGGGCCUGAUCAGCCACAACCAAAGAUGGCUUUUACUGGGGAUGCUUUACUAAUACGGGGAUGUGGGAGAACUGAUUUUCAGGGCGGAAGUUCACAUCAACUUUAUCAGUCAGUGCAUUCACAGAUAUUCACCUUGCCCAAGGAUACUUUGAUCUAUCCUGCUCAUGAUUACAAGGGAUUCACUGUAUGGAGCCAUUUCUUACCUCUGUUAUAUAUCUGAUUUGUCCAGCUGAUCAUGCUAACCUUUGUUGUGACGCACAGGUUAUACUGUU